AUGGAGUUUCUCGGCUUCAACUUGCCCCAGAUGCCUCAGAUGCCCCAGAUGGAGGUUUUCUUUGAUCCUCUCAUCCUCGCAACUGUUAAUCUCAUGGUCAUUGCUGGCGAGAUGUACAUUAGAGAGCACAUGCAGGACAAGAUCCUUACUACCCAGACCGCCCUCACCGAGCGGAUCACCAUCCUCGAGGGUCAGAUCAAGAAAAUCGCCGCCAUCAAGCCUGUCAUCAUCGAUACCAGCGGUACCAUCACUCUCAACACUGAGACCGGCUUCUUCUCGCGCCUCUUCACUCUCCAAGAUACCGAUACCACGAUGAGCGUUUACUUCGAGAUGGCCUUCGUCGCCAUCGUCGGCGUCCUUUUCUACGUCCUCUACGUCAAGGACCAGGAGAACAAGCUUCUCUCCAACAUGGCCGUCGCCCAGGCCCGCGAGAUCGGCUCCCUUCGUCUCGAUCUUCAGAAGACCGACCACACCGUCGCGACCUACAAGACCCAGAUCGACACCCACAAGAAGGCGACCCAGACCACCAACGCCCUGGCCGCCGAGUACAAGAAGGCGGGCGACGAGCACAAGGCCGCCGCGGCCGCCGCCAAGUCCGCCGCCGACGCCGCCUCCAAGGCCGCCAACGACCAGGCCGUCGACCAGGUCCUCGCCUUCAACGAGCUCGUCAACCUCGUCAAGGACAAGUGCGUCGAGACCGACAAGCUCGUCGCCGCCUCCAAGACCGACAACGAGGGCGUCCGGAAGCUCAUCGGCGAGCUCAACGAGGUCCUGCCCCGUCUCCAGGCCGACGCCUACCAGCGCGGCAAGGACGACUGCCGUUCCGAGCUCUUGGACGAGUUCGGUCUGAAGGGCAUGGCCUAA